AAGGUGCAUGUGCUGCCCCAGACCGUGCUGUACAUCGCCGAUGCAGAGACCUUCAGCGGCCACGAGGAGUGUCACGAGCAAAAGAAAGCCAGGAAAAGAAACAGUAAAGAAACAGCCCUCGCGCUUGAAAAGCUGUUGCCAAAGCGAUGUCAGGUCCUUGGACUGGUCACCCCAGGGAUUGUAGUUACCCCGAUGGGUUCAAGCAGCAAUCAGCCUCAAGAAGUUGAAGAGGGUGAAGCUGGGUUUGCUCUGUUGUUUCCCAAAAUUGAUGGGGUGAAAAUUCAUACCUUCCAUUUUUCUAAAGAUGUGAAGAACAGAGUCUUUGAUGAGAGUAAAUUUGCUGAAGCAGGCCUGAAGAAUAACCCAGAUCUCCGUGUGGUUCUUCUGUUUGGCUACAACUCCUGGAAGUCUGGAGCUACUCGGUUUCUGCAUCAAAUAGUCAAUCCCUUGAAUGAGAAAAGUAUCAUCCUGGCUGGGGGACAGGUGGAGAGCUUUACAUCACUGACCUCUGAGAACACCAGUGCCCAGCCCGGCGACGCCUGUGGCGUGGUGGGGUUGGCCUUCAGUGGGCCCCAGAUCCAGAGUGCCACUGUCCUGUUAGACCAGGACGUGGCUGACGAGAGGACAGCAGAAGCAGCCAUGCAGCGUCUCAAGGCAGCAAACAUCCCUGAGCACAACACCAUUGGCUUCAUGUUUGCCUGUGUGGGCAGAGGAUAUCGACACUACAAAACCAAAAGGAAUAUGGAAGCAGAUGCAUUCAGGAAGUUUUUCCCAAACGUUCCCCUCUUUGGCUUUUUUGGACAUGGGGAGAUAGGGUGUGAUCGAAUAGUUACCGGGAAUUUCGUGCUGAGAGAAUGUAAUGACAUAAAGGAUGAUCUGCUGCACGGUUAUACCACCGUUAUGACUCUCAUUCAUCUGGGUUCUACUAAGGCAAACCAAGCAUAAAUAAGUGCUUUGGUGAGCUGUUUGUUUCAUUCCAGAGAGCUGAGAAGCCUGGAAGAGUGGACGUCUUGCAGUCAAAGCUCCUUCCAAAAUGGAAACACCAUUUUGGUAAUGCUGUUGAGUCUUGUAGUUGUAAUAGAGUUUAAUAUAAUAGCUGCAAGAAAGCCUUGCAUUUUGUGUAAUCCCCUGUACACAUCAGAAUUGCAGGAAAUGCUACUGAUCGAGUUCUG